AUGGCGCUAUCAGAUGCCGAGAAGGCGGCUUUGGAGCCCUUGUUUGUGAAGAUUAACGCUGACGCUGAGAAGAUUGGAGGUGAAGCCAUGGAGAGUCUCUUCCAGCACCAUCCAGACACCAAGUCCCACUUCACUCACAUGGACGUGACCCCCGGCAGUCAGGAUCUGAAGACACAUGGAGGGAAGAUCAUCCACGCCAUUAAUGAUGCCCUCAACCACUAUGGAAAUCUGCAGGAGAACUUGGCCACACUGCGGGAGAUGCACACCAACAAGCUGAAGCUCAGUGUGGACACCAUCAAGAUGAGGCUGCUGUGUGGUUGUCUCCUGGAGGUCGUUGUCAAGCAUUUCCCAGAUGUGGACAAGUCGUCCUGUGACAAGUUCCUCAAUGAGGUUGCUGUUGCCCUGAUUGCCAGCUGA